AUGUGUAGUGUAGUAGGAAGUUUUGUGCGUAUAUUAAUUCUAUUUGCCAUCGGUGUUGUAUUAUUAAUAGUUUCAAUUGCAUUGAAUGCUGCUACGCUCAGUACUAUUAAUAAACGAUUUGAUGAGAUUAAAAACGCUAAUGGUCAGACAACCGUUUCAAUUGGAUCAACGACCAGGACUACAACUCAGCCACCAUCAUCCAGUGGAAAUUUGACUGAUUCGAUUCGUAUUGCAGAUUUAAUGUAUCAUCUUAACGAAUUACAACGUAUUGCUAAUGAUGCAAGCAAUACUCGUGCUAUUGGAACUCGUGGAUUUAGCGAAACAGUUAAUUAUAUUUAUAAUUACCUGGCAGUCAAUGCUCCUAAUUUAAAUGUUGUUCGACAACCAUUUCUAGUAAAAAAUUUUACAGUUAAAGGAAAUCCAAUAUUGAUCUUAUCGAGCGGUGACUCUAAUAGAACGUUCACUUAUUCAACUAAUUUAGCAAGAUCUGAUUUCACCUAUGCCAAUUACUCAGCCCCGAUCGCGUUAACAGAGUUCAACUUAACAGUUGUUCCUAAUUAUGGAUGUGAUCCGGCUGACUGGCAAAACGUAGCAGGCCAAGCAGCAUUAGUAGUUUUAGGAGGCAUAUGUACUUUUGCUGAAAAAGGUGAAUUAGCCAAUAAAUACAAUGCUUCCGCUUUGUUAUACUACAAUCAUGGGCUGACAACGGCGAGUCUUGCACCUGUGAUUGCACGUCUUCGCCAAGUAAAUACACUGCCAGCAGUCUGUCUUUCCUAUGCUGCAGGACAAGAAUUAGUUCGGGCAGCUAAUAUGACUAGUGCAAGUAUUUGGUUACAGAUUGAAAUUGAAAAUUAUCCACCAUUCAUGAUUGAAAAUGUCUGUGCAAAUACAAAAGAGGGCAACAUUAAUGAAACUAUUGUUAUAGGUGGUCACAGUGAUAGUGUACCUGCUGGACCUGGAAUUAAUGAUAAUGGUAGUGGCGCCAUGGCUAUUCUCGUUUUGGCAACGAAUCUUGCUCGUCUCUAUCAAUCGGGAAAUUAUAUCAAAUAUAAAUAUCGUGUUCGAUUCUGUUGGUGGGCUGCUGAAGAAAUCGGACUUGUUGGAGCAAUCUAUCAUGCUCAACAAGCUCAAAAUUCAUCUGCUAUUAUUGGUAAUCGUCUUCAGGAUUAUCUUAUUAAUCUUAAUUAUGAUAUGCUUGGAUCACCUAAUUACAUGUUGGGCGUCUAUAAUGGAAGUUCUGCGAAGCCAGGUACCCCACCAUCAGCACGCAAUGGAAGUAUUCGAAUCUCUGAAACUUUUAGUAGCUGGUUUGAUAGAAACAAUUUACCUUGGGAUUAUACUGAUUUUAGUGGUCGAAGUGAUUAUGGACCAUUUUUAGCAGCCGGUAUUGUUGCCGGUGGGUUAUUUUCUGGCGCGGAUGAAACGAAAACACCUGAGCAACGUGCUAGAUAUGAAGAAAAACUUGGUUUAGGCCAAGGUGGUUUGGCAGGCGCGAUUCUUGAUCCGUGCUAUCACAAAGCAUGUGACACUACUGAUAAUAUUAAUCAGUUAGGAUAUGAAAAAAUGGUUCAAGCAGCAGCCUAUAUGCUUGAAUAUCUUGGUCGGCUAGAUGACUUACCGACUUGGUUAUAUCCAAAUGGGCGGCAAACGACUGAACUGCCAGAAAAUUAUUUUCCUAAUAGUGAUUACUUUCGAGAUGUCGAUAGUUAG